CAACCACCACCACCACUCCACAUGACAAGAGAGGUUCACCAAACUUGACCCGACCCUUAUUACCCCCUUUGAAUGUUUGGGGUAAGUAACAUAUAAAUAUACAGAUGCAUUGGAGGGAGUUUUGUAUUAGUCUUCAACAUGUCUUGCAAAGGAGAUAUCGUGGUUGGUGUGGAGGAAGGAUUGUUUCUCUUACCUUCAAAUCUUUUUAAUGAACUCUUUCUUGAUCGUCCAUUUCCACAGAGUAAUCGAGUAGGUAGCUACUAUGAUCGGAAGCCAAGAAUGUGGUAUGCAUUGAACCACAAGGGUUCCAUGGUGAGGCCAAAUGGUGAUGAUAAAGGUGCAGCACGAGUUAAGCCACGUGGCACUGGAGUGUUUCUUCCUGAGAGACCGGUGAGUAGCUCACAAGAGAAACUCAACAACAAGCCAUGCCCCAUCAUCUCCUCUCAUUCCAGAAAAAUCUUUCUUCCUAAGGAAUGGUCUUAUUAGCUAGUACAAUCAGCAUUUUAUUUACUUUGUGUAUAACUUAUACAAUUACCGAGGCUACAACAAAAAUAAGUUUAAAUGUCCUUUUCUAGAGUUGGCACCCUAAAGAUCAGUAUUGGGUAUGGUUCCUCAA